CGCUGUCCCCAAGUACUCCCUCAUUCACUUUUCUCUGACGUCCAGCUUCCGAGCUCUGACGAAUAGUCCUUCCUCUCCUCCCCUUAUAAAGGGUGUUUUCUUUAGCCUAACAAUCACGUCUAAAGACCCACGGAAUCCCCCAGCCCUGCACCUCUCCUAAUCCCACCUGCAACACAGCCCUCCGAGUCUAGUUUUUCCCAUGAACAAUCCAUAACCAUUUGCCCCACCCACAAACUAGACUGAAACUCGGGGUUCUGAGAUACUUGUAGACUUGAGGGAGGCUCCUACAAGAAACCUGCUGCUGCUCCUGCUGCCUCUAAGGCAGCCACCAGUCUCAUCCUCGGUCUCCCCAGGAGCCCACGGGGGUGCCGCAUCUAUUCUACUGGAGAAGUCAGCGAGUGUGUCCCCGGAGGAGGACUGAAUCUCGAACAUCUAUCUUCUGCGUAAAGCUCGCAAGCGAGGGAAAGGCAAGAAUCCUUCAUGAAAUAGCCAACCUGGGAGGCAAAUCAAGAUCUCUAGCUGAAGAUGGCUUUCCAUGUGGAAGGAUUGAUAGCUAUCAUUGUGUUCUAUCUUCUGAUAUUGAUGGUUGGGAUAUGGGCCGCUUGGAAAACCAAGAACAGUGGCAGUUCAGAAGAACGCAGUGAAGCAAUUAUAGUUGGUGGCAGAGAUAUAGGUUUGCUAGUUGGUGGAUUUACUAUGACUGCCACCUGGGUUGGAGGAGGUUACAUAAAUGGGACAGCUGAGGCAGUUUAUGUACCAGAUUAUGGUUUGGCUUGGGCACAAGCACCAAUUGGAUACUCACUUAGCCUGAUUUUAGGUGGUCUGUUUUUUGCAAAACCCAUGCGUUCCAAAGGAUAUGUGACAAUGUUAGAUCCAUUUCAGCAACUCUAUGGGAAGCGCAUGGGUGGACUCAUUUUUAUUCCUGCCCUAAUGGGGGAAAUGUUCUGGGCUGCAGCUAUUUUCUCUGCCUUGGGUGCAACCAUCAGUGUGAUUAUUGAUAUCAAUAUAAAUAUUUCAGUUAUUGUUUCUGCCUUGAUUGCAAUUCUGUAUACCCUGGUGGGUGGACUCUACUCAGUUGCUUACACUGAUGUCGUCCAACUCUUCUGCAUCUUCUUGGGAUUGUGGAUCAGUGUGCCAUUUGCGAUGUCACAUCAUGCUGUUGCAGACAUUGGGUACACUGCUGUGCAUAAACUUUUCCAAGAGCCAUGGUUGGGGUCUCUUAAAGCAAAUGAAGUCUACACUUGGAUAGAUAAUUUUCUUUUACUGAUUAUGGGAGGGAUUCCAUGGCAAGCCUAUUUUCAACGAGUUCUGUCAUCAUCUUCAGCAACAUAUGCUCAGGUUCUAUCCUUCCUUGCAGCUUUUGGGUGCCUAGUGAUGGCUUUGCCUGCUAUACUUAUUGGUGCAAUUGGAGCAUCAACAGAUUGGAAUAAGACUACAUAUGGUCUUCCAGAGCCCAUAGAAAGGCAGGAAGCAGAUAUGAUUUUACCCAUCGUGCUACAGUACCUCUGUCCAGUCUACAUUUCUUUCUUUGGCCUCGGUGCAGUAUCAGCUGCUGUAAUGUCAUCUGCAGAUUCUUCAAUCCUAUCAGCAAGUUCAAUGUUUGCUCGAAAUAUCUACCAACUGUCAUUUAGACAAAAUGCAUCUGAUAGGGAAAUCGUCUGGGUUAUGAGAAUCACUGUGUUUGUUUUUGGAGCAGCAGCUACUGCAAUGGCCCUAUUAGCCAAAUCUGUUUAUGGACUCUGGUAUCUCAGUUCUGACCUUGUUUACAUAAUCAUCUUUCCUCAACUCUUAUGUGUGCUCUUUAUUAAGGGAACCAACACAUAUGGUGCCAUGGUGGGAUAUGUGCUUGGUCUUAUAUUCAGAAUAACUGGUGGAGAACCAUAUCUUUACCUACAACCAUUAAUCUUAUAUCCUGGUCAUUACCGUGAUGAAGAUGGCAUUUAUCACCAGAGAUUCCCAUUUAAAACAUUUGCCAUGUCCAUCUCCUUCUUCACCAAUAUCUCUGUCUCUUAUCUUGCCAAAUACUUAUUUGAAAGUGGAACCCUGCCUCCCAAAUUAGACUUCCUUGAUGCUGUAGUUGCCCGGCACAGUGAAGAGAAUAUGGACAAGACAAUUCUAGUCAAAAAUGAAAAUAUUAAAUUAGAUGAGCUUGCACCUGUGAAGCCUCGGCAGAGUUUGACUCUCAGCUCAACUUUUACAAAUAAAGAGGCCCUCCUUGACAUUGCCUCAAGCCCAGAAGGGUCCAGUACUGAAGAUAACUUACAGUGACUCCAGUGAAAUGAAAUACUGUUUCCCCAUACAGGGUAUUGCAAUCACAUAGCCAACAGAGGAUGAUAUGCAGCAUUUAAGAGAAAAGAUUAAGCAUAAGUAAGACUCCAGGACAUUUAUGUACCCAGAGUUAAAACACCACUACACCAAUCCCAAGCCCACAAUCAAGAGGGAUGGUGUGGGCAGCCUUCUAUGAAAUCAGCAAUUAUGUUUGACUGCCUCAUUCAGUGUUGUUUUAAUAACAUUUUGAAUAAUUUUACAAAUAUUCAGGAAUGGGGUCAUCUCCUAUUGGAAAGAGAGAGCAGCAAGGGGUUUGUAGGGUAUUUUUCACAAUGUAUGCAUUCUACAUGUGCCCAUGGGGGAGUAGAUGUUUACAAUUAGAGCAGUAACUUGAGAAAAAUUGAUGAUCUCAAAGUCUUGUGAGAUGAUCCAUUCAGAAAAGUAAGUAGCCAUUAUUUUACAUUGACUAAGUAAACAGCAUAAUGUCGUCCUUCUAAAAGGUGUCCACUGAAUUGUGCUUGAAGUAAGGUUUCAGAAAAUCCUAUAGUUUCUAUCCAAAAUAGAAGGAUGAAAAUCUGUCAGUUCCAUAACAUAGUAGGGGUUUUUCCAGUUAGAGAUUUUCAUAGGAAAGGCUGCUAACUUAUAAUUCUGAGCCCAGACUCCAGAUGUAAAUUCACGAAUAUCUUCAAGUGGGUGUUUUCUGAUGUUCAAGGUUUUAGGUAAACAAAAACUGUUGUCAGAGAGGAACUUUGUUUCCCUGAGUAUGCCCAGCACCGCUAUCUAUUUACAGAGUAUACCUUGAAGCAGAAGAGAAUUAUUAGCAAACUUGGAAGCAAUAACUUGAGCUAGAAAUUCAACAAAAGGGGCUACGGAGAGCAAUAGACAUUUAUGCUUUUGCCCUGAAGUAAAUAUAAUUUUGCUGUCAUGAAAAAGAACAGUUUCUUGCUUCACUUUUUGAAGCCAGCAUUGGAAGGCAAUGAACAUAAAUGUUGUUACCAGCAUAGCUCAGGCUUAGCUUUCUAAAAAGCAAAUUAUUAAAUCAUUAUGUGUUCUAGUAAAUAUUUCCUACCAGCACUUCAUCUCCCUAGCAAUUAUCUUAAUAAUAGGAAAACUAGAAGACUAAAAACUACCUAUCCUUGGAUUUGGGCUAAUGGUACAUGGAACAUUGUGGCAUUUACUCACUCCCAAACUCACUUUCUAAAUUGAAUAGAUCAUCACAACAGAAGAGAAUCUGGUUAAUAUAAAAGCCAAGAUAAGAGUAGAGAAUCAGAAAAGUGGAACUAGAUCCUGCUGCCAAAAGGAAGAAGCCAUCAAUUUUAACAUUUGGUGUUAAAACAUAACUUUCAUGAGGUUGUUCAUUAUAUUAUUUUUGCUCCUUUUCUGGAGUUUUAAAAAUAUAUAUGUACAUAUUAGUAUAUAUGUAUAAUUGUAUGCAUUCAUUUUGGAAUCUUAAAAUACUUUCUCCACCAACCACAUUUCAGUAGUAUCAUGAGUUGGUUCUAUAAAAGUAAAGUGUGGAGCUGAGGAAUUAGCAGGUAGAAAAGCUGAAUCAUUCUGGUCUAAAGUCUUUAUCUUUCCAGUAAUGGAACUUUGGCCCUUUACAGACAGAAUCCAAACUGAUAGACUAUCAGCUCCUCCUCCUGAACCAAGAAUCAGUCUCUUGGUUUCCUUUGUAAUUUUCUCAAAGCACUGAAUGAAACAUACAUAAUCUUCAUUCUAAGCAAGAUUUAUGUAGAGAAUUGAACUUUCAGAGUAAACAGAAUAGGAAAAUUAAUCACUUUAUUAUUACAUGAAUUCCAGAUUCUCAGGCUGGAAUGUAUUCAUGUAUUCAAUUGUUUUGGCAAUCUUUAUGAAGUGGGAUGGUAUGACCCAGGCCCUGCUGGCCACUAGAAAAUACUCAGAUACAAGGAAAAUUCAAUCCAAGUAUUUAAUAAGACAAGGAGAACUGUGUUAGGUGUAGAGAAGAGAAAAAUUCUAAAAACUGAGGCUAUAGAAUCAAGGGAAUCUUCAACAUGGAUGAAAUUUUGCUGGUUCAGGAGAAGGAUUCUGAGAAAGGGGGAGGGAAGAGCCCAUAGCAACAAAGCUGGAAGUUUCCAAAAGAAGAGUUUGAACUGCUAAGUAGAAAGAGCAACUCCAAGAAUAAAUAAUGAUGCAGGUAUACUAGAAUUUCCAAAAUGUCACAGAAAUAUUCAUCUAAAAUAUUUCACUGCAAUACAAUUUCCAUUUAUUAUAGGGAGUAGUAUUUUUUUGCAUGUGAACAUAACUCCAAAUUUAUUAGGGAAAUAGCCACUUUAACAAAAAACAGUUUUUUCAGACUUCUGGGAUCCCUUACAAUUUUCAAUUUAGGAUUGUUUAGAUCUGAAAAGAAAUUGUUUAAGACACAUAUUUCAUAAAUAAGGAAUUACCCUGCAUCUAUAUUAAGGUUAAGUCUAGAACUGUGAUAUCAAUUGUAGGGAACUUCUUUCAAAGCAGAUCUACAUUUGUUUCAGCAUUUUAGAGUGUUGGAGGGUUAGGUCCACUACAGACAUUCUUAUCAUGACUGUAUGCUUUAUUUUAAUAUGUUUUUAAAUGACUGGUAAUAACAUGCUUUCAUGUUGCUAGAUAUUUCAAGAGUCAAUACAUACCAGUAAGAGUUUUUUUGGGUUAACUAAGAUGUUAAAGAUUAGCCCAAGUAAGCUAUUCACUAUAUUGUCUAAAUUUAGGUUAAAGAUAUUAUAUGACUUUGAACUGAAUGUAAACUUGAAAGGAGUGUUGAAUUUUGAUUAUUAUUUUUAUGCACUGAAUUGAGUUAAUAUUUUCAAUGGUCAAAUGGUCAUUUUCCCUUCCAGUCUUCAAGCUGAUUUGCUCUGAUAUAAUGUGCAAUUAGGAACCAAUUUAUUGUAAGUCUGCUAUUAGCCAGGCCUAUGCAUAUGGUGGUUCUAAAAUAUAUAUAUAUUUUUGUCUGUCAAAAAUAUUAUGUAAAAUUAUGCUUAAUAUUAAGUAGAUUAAACAUAAUAGAUGUAUAUGUUUUCAAUGCAAUAGUACUGUAUUAAAUUGUGCCAAUAUAAUUCAGGAUAUCAUUGUCUAGGUUUGCCUUUUUUCUUUUCUUUUUGGCCGUCCCUUGAAUUAAGUAGAAAUGUAUUUUAUUAACAAAUAGGGUAAAUGGUGCUUUAUGAAAACUAUGCAAUAGAACUUAAAUAAA